AUGAGCGGGGGUUCCUUUUGCAUGGAGCGUCUUUCCUUCUGCCUCCUCCUGAGUGCCUGGAGCUGGGGGUGGGCGCCCGGGGGGGCCGCCAAGCCCAAAAGCCAGAGCUACCCACACAUGAACUCCAUCCGCAUCGACGGGGACAUCACCCUGGGGGGGCUGUUCCCCGUGCACGGGAGGGGGGCAGAGGGCAAAGCCUGCGGGGAGCUGAAGAAGGAGAAGGGCAUCCAUCGCCUGGAAGCCAUGCUCUUCGCCUUGGACCGCAUCAACAACGACCCCGACCUGCUGCCCAACAUCACCCUGGGUGCCCGGAUCCUGGACACCUGUUCCCGGGACACGCACGCCCUGGAACAGUCGCUGACCUUCGUGCAAGCCCUGAUCGAGAAGGACGGCACCGAGGUGAGGUGCCUCAGCGGGGGGCCCCCCAUCAUCACCCGCCCCGAGAGGGUGGUCGGGGUCAUCGGCGCCUCGGGCAGCUCCGUCUCCAUCAUGGUGGCCAACAUCUUGAGGCUCUUCAAGAUCCCCCAGAUCAGUUACGCCUCCACCGCCCCCGACCUGAGCGACAACAGCCGCUACGACUUCUUCUCCCGCGUCGUCCCCUCCGACACCUACCAGGCCCAGGCCAUGGUGGACAUUGUCAAAGCCCUCAAAUGGAACUACGUCUCCACCUUGGCCUCCGAAGGCAGCUACGGAGAAAGCGGCGUGGAAGCCUUCAUCCAGAAGUCCAGGGAGGAUGGGGGUGUGUGUGUGGCUCAGUCUGUCAAGAUCCCACGGGAGCCCAAGCCAGGAGAGUUUGACAAGAUCAUCCGCCGGCUCCUGGAGACCUCCCAUGCCCGGGCAGUCAUCAUCUUUGCCAAUGAAGAUGAUAUCAGACGGGUGCUGGAGGCGGCCAAGAGGGCGAACCAGACGGGACAUUUCAUCUGGAUGGGGUCGGACAGUUGGGGCUCCAAAAUCUCCCCUGUCCUGCACCUGGAGGAGGUGGCCGAGGGCUCUGUCACCAUCCUGCCCAAGCGGGUCUCAGUCAGAGGUUUCGACCGCUACUUCUCCAGCAGGACCCUGGACAACAACCGCCGGAACAUCUGGUUUGCUGAGUUCUGGGAGGACAAUUUCCACUGCAAGCUGAGCAGACACGCUCUGAAGAAGGGUAGCAGCAUCAAGAAGUGCACCAACCGGGAGCGGAUCGGGCAGGACUCCUCCUACGAGCAGGAGGGCAAGGUGCAGUUUGUCAUCGACGCCGUCUACGCCAUGGGCCACGCUCUGCACAACAUGCACAAGACCCUCUGCCCUGGCAAGGUGGGUUUGUGCCCCAGGAUGGACCCGGUGGAUGGUGUGGAGCUGCUCAAGUACAUCCGCAGUGUCAACUUCUCAGGCAUUGCUGGGACUCCCGUGACCUUCAACGAGAACGGGGAUGCGCCGGGACGUUACGACAUCUACCAGUACCAGAUCAGGAACUCCAGUGCUGAGUACAAGGUCAUCGGGCAAUGGGCUGACCACCUCCACCUCCAAGUGGAGAACAUGCUGUGGCCGGGGGGUGGGAGGCAGCUCCCCAUCUCAAUCUGCAGCCUGCCCUGCAAGCCAGGCGAGAGGAAGAAGAUGGUGAAGGGCAUCCCCUGCUGCUGGCACUGCGAGCGCUGCGACGGCUACCAGUACCAGCUGGACGAGUUCCACUGCAAGCGCUGCCACUUCACCGAGCGGCCCAACGAGAACCACACCAGCUGCACCCCCAUCCCCAUCAUCAAGCUGGAGUGGAGCUCUCCCUGGGCUGUGGUGCCCGUCAUCAUCGCCAUCUUGGGCAUCAUCGCCACCCUCUUCGUGGUCGUCACCUUCGUGCGCUACAACGACACGCCCAUCGUCAAGGCGUCGGGGCGGGAGCUGAGCUACGUCCUGCUGACAGGCAUCUUCCUCUGCUAUGCCACCACCUUCCUCAUGAUCGCCGAGCCCGACCUGAGCACCUGCUCCUUGCGGCGCAUCUUCCUCGGGCUGGGCAUGAGCAUCAGCUACGCCGCCCUGCUCACCAAGACCAACCGCAUCUACCGCAUCUUCGAGCAGGGCAAGAAGUCGGUCAGCGCCCCCCGCUUCAUCAGCCCGGCCUCCCAGCUGGUCAUCACCUUCAGCCUCAUCUCCCUGCAGCUGGUGGGCGUCUGCAUCUGGUUCAUCGUGGACCCGUCUCACUCUGUCAUUGACUACGAGGACCAGCGGACUACAAACCCCCACUUUGCCCGGGGCAUCCUCAAAUGUGACAUUUCGGACCUUUCCCUCAUCUGCUUGCUUGGGUACAGCAUGCUCCUCAUGGUCACCUGCACUGUCUAUGCUAUUAAGACCCGCGGGGUCCCGGAGACCUUUAACGAAGCCAAACCCAUCGGGUUCACCAUGUACACGACCUGCAUCGUGUGGUUGGCCUUCAUCCCCAUCUUUUUUGGGACGUCGCAGUCGGCGGAAAAGGUAAGGGAGAGAGGGGACCUGGCUGGUGUGAGCCUGGGGGCUGCUGCCUGGGUGUCCCUGGGCAUGCUCUACAUGCCCAAGGUCUACAUCAUCCUCUUCCACCCGGAGCAGAACGUCCCCAAGCGCAAGCGGAGCCUCAAGGCGGUGGUGACAGCGGCCACCAUGUCCAACAAGUUCUCUCAGAAGGGAGGGUUCCGCCCCAACGGGGAGGCUAAAUCAGAGCUCUGUGAAAACCUGGAAACACAAGCACUGGCCACCAAACAGACCUACGUCAGCUACAGCAACCACGCCAUUUAG